AUGCAUCCCGAAGUCCACCAGGAGCUCGCAUAUGUUCUGUUGACGGAGCUUUUGGCGUAUCAAUUCGCUUCUCCGGUCAGGUGGAUCGAAACACAGGAUGUUGUUCUACGUGAACAGAAGAUCGACCGUCUCAUCGAGGUUGGCCCUUCUGAGACAUUGCUUGGUAUGGUCAAGAAGACAUUAUCAGCGAAAUACCAGGUCCAUGAUGCUGCUCUAGGCCUUCAACGAGACCUAUGGAGUUACAAGAACCAUGCGCGUGAACUAUACUAUGAGAAUGGUGAUGCCGAGUCUGCACCGGCCGGAACCCGUAAGAUGAAGCAUACUGCAGUGGCAGUACCAUCAGAUACUGUAACCACCGCGACAGUGACAGCAUCCCCGCCAACUAUUGCCCCUGUGGCUGUCAUAGCCCCUGUGAACAAGGGUGGGUCUAGUAUUGUCGACAAACCAAUAUCUGCCAUUGAUAUCAUUGUUGCAUUAAUAGCACACAAGUUAAAGAAAGCAGUUGAAGAGGUGGACUUGCACCAAACCAUUAAGAAGCUAGUUGGAGGGCGAUCAACCCUAGAAAACGAACUGGUUGGUGACCUCGGUGCUGAGUUUGGUUCGCUCCCCGAGAAGCCCGAAGAACUCGAGCUGUCCGAACUCGGCAACACAAUGGAAGCCCAAGGAUCCUGGGGCAAAGGACUUGGAAAGACCACCCAGGGUCUCGUCAGUCGACUGCUCUCCUCCAAGAUGCCGGCGGGUCUAGGCCCUACUGGGGUGCGGGACCACCUGCUGGGGCAGUGGGGAUUAGGGGCGGGACGCCAAGACGCAGUGCUGGUCCGGGCGGUGGUGCUACAGCCGGCGGCACGACUGGCAGAUGCGGCAGCCGCCUUUGCAUUCCUGGAUGGCGUCGUGGCUGUCUACGCCAAAGACGCUCAAAUCGACCUUUCCGCCGCCGGCGCGGGCAGUGCCGCCACUAAUCAGUCGGGCCAGGUGGUCGUAGACCAGACCAUGGUGACGGCGUUGGCCAACACACAGGACCAGCAGCAGCGAGCUAUGCUGGAUGUAUAUGCCAAGAUACUUGGGGUGGACCUGCAUGCGGGACACAAAGCCACCAGCAAUGCCGCAGACGCUAUUGCGCAUCUACAGGACGAGUUGCAGCUUUGGGUGUCGGAGCACGGCGAGAUCUAUGGCUCCGGUAUCAAGCCUAUGCUGGCAGUCGCGAAAGCGCGCAGAUAUGAUUCGUUCUGGAAUUGGGCUCUGCAGGAUGCCGUUGAUCUGUUCCAUCGGAUUUUGGCCGGGCAGAUUUCGCUCGCGGGUCGCGAAAUGGAGACCAUGAUGGGGCGUAUCACACGACGAUCAAACCCGAAACUCUUACAGACAUUGAGCUACCUCCGCGAACAUUGCAUGAAGCUCCAAAGCCCGAGAGCGGCCGAUGUGCGAACUAUUUUUAGUCAGCUGCUAGAUGCGUGUGAUCCACGAUCCCCAAGGCACCAAGUCCGGCCUGUCUCCUUGCAUCGUCUGGUUCUUGACUCCCCCAAGACUGUCAUCGAUAAAGUUGGGCGUAUUCAAUAUGUCGAGGUCCCCCGAUCCGGCAUUAAAGCUGCGCCACCAGCGGAUUUGAAAUCCCUGGGCCGUGAAGGAUGGGAAUCUAGGACUGAUCUAACCGCGGCAUUCAUGACUGCCCUACACCGGACAGACUCACAGUUUCUCUCCUUCAAAGAUACAGAAAUCCUCGUCAUCGGAGCUGGCCGGGAUUCGAUCGGAACCGAGAUUGUUCGUGGUCUGCUCCGAGGAGGUGCCCGCGUACUGGUUACGACGAGCAGUUAUUCGCAAUCAACUACAAGGUCGUAUCAGCAGAUCUACGCCGAAGAAGGAGCCCAGGGAUCCCAACUCAUUCUCAUGCCGUUCAACCAAGCCAGCCAGCAGGACACCGAGUCAUUGGUCUCCUAUAUCUAUGAUUCCGACCAGGGUCUGGGAUGGGAUCUCGCGCAUAUUAUUCCCUUCGCUGCGAUACCAGAAGGUGGACGCCAGAUCGACGAUAUUGAUUCGAAGUCGGAGCUGGCACACAGACUGAUGCUUACGAAUCUGUUGAGGCUCCUUGGAGCGAUCAAGAGACACAAACACGACAAAGGCUUUGACAGCCACCCAACUCAGGUUCUUUUACCCCUAUCGCCAAACCACGGCAUUUUCGGUGGCGACGGACUCUAUGCGGAGUCAAAGAUUGCCCUCGAGACUCUGUUCAAUCGAUGGAGGUCCGAGUCCUGGGGCACAUACCUGUCCAUCUGUGGGGUGGUCAUCGGAUGGACUCGCGGCACGGGUCUGAUGAGUGCCAACAAUUUUGUCGCGGAAGAGAUCGAGAGCCUCGGAGUGAGGACCUUCUCCCAGGCGGAGAUGGCCUACUACAUUCUCGUGUUAAUGUCGUUUCCUAUUGCAGCCGAGUGUGAGAUCGCGCCCGUCAAGGCUGAUUUGGGCGGAGGUCUGAGCACGUUUCCCAACUUGAAAGAGGCGGUGGACACUAUCCGGCAGAGACAGAAGGAGACCAGCGAGAUUCGGGAGGCAUUGGCGAAAGAACAAGCCUUCGAACGACUGGCUCUGGGAAACACCCCGCCAAGUCAAGAGACGCCGAAAGUGAGAGUGCCGAAAGCUGUUCCGGAGAUGCAGUUUCCACCUCUUCCAGACUAUCCCACUGAGAUUCUACCCUUGUUCGGCCAGUUAGGUGGCAUGGUGGAUCUCGAUCGUGUGGUGGUCGUGACUGGGUUCUCCGAAGUCGGUCCCUACGGCAACUCUCGCACGCGGUGGGAGAUGGAAGCGAAUGGGGAGUUUUCUCUUCAAGGGUACGUGGAGAUGGCAUGGAUCAUGGGCCUCAUCAAGCACCACAACGGGCCUCUGAACGGAUCUCCCCAUUACCUGGGCUGGAUUGUCUCGGAGACCAAGGAGCCCAUCCAAGACAGCGAGGUCAAGACCAGAUUCCAACAACACAUCCUGAAGCAUACUGGCAUUCGUCUAAUUGAGCCCGAACUCCACGACGGCUACAACCCUCUCAAGAAGAAAUUCGUGCAAGAAGUGGUUCUGGACGAGGACAUGCCACUCAUGAAGGUGUCAAAGGAAACCGCAGAGCAACUUCAGCUCGAACAUGGAGACAAGGUGGAAGUAAUCCCGGAUGGCGAAGAGUGCACUGUCCGGCUGCUAAAGGGGGGAUGUCUGAUGAUACCCAAGGCUAUGCGGUUCGACCGCGCAGUUGCUGGACAGAUUCCCACCGGCUGGGACGCCCGUACCUAUGGCUUCACGGAGGAUCUCGUGAACCAGGUGGAUCCGGCCACUCUAUACGCCGUGAUCGGGGCUGUGGAAGCCCUGUUAAGAGCAGGUAUCAGUGAUCCGUUCGAGAUUUACAAGUACUUGCAUUUGUCUGAGAUUGGCAAUUGUAUUGGGUCUGGAAUAGGUGGUGUGAAAGCGCUUCGGAAACUGCACAAGGACCGAUUCAUUGAGAAGCCAGUCCAGAAUGAUAUUCUCCAGGAGUCAUUUAUCAACACCACCGCGGCCUGGAUCAACAUGCUUCUCUUGUCUUCCACGGGUCCCCUGAGAACGCCCGUGGGAGCAUGUGCCACUUCGAUCGAAUCGCUUGAGUCUGGAUUCGAAACAAUUGUGACCGGCAAGGCAAAGAUGUGUCUAGUGGGUGGCUUUGACGAUUUCUCCGAGGAUGUGUCCUAUGAGUUCGCGAAAAUGAAAGCCACUGUGAGUAGCGAGGCUGAUAUGGAAAAAGGUCGCGAUCCGAGCGAGAUGUCUCGACCUGCAGCGUCUACACGAGCAGGAUUCGUGGAAUCGCAAGGCAGCGGUGUGCAAGUGAUCACGUCCGCCCGAUUAGCGUUGGACAUGGGACUUCCCAUCCAGGGUAUCGUCGCAUGGGUUGGAACGGCCAGUGACAAGAUUGGACGCUCUGUUCCGGCCCCAGGAAAGGGUCUGUUGACAAAUGCCAGAGAAUCACGGCGCAAAAUCCCCUCUCCUAUGCUGGACAUUGCCUAUCGACGCCGGAGACUCAAUCUUUCGCGGCAACAUAUCCAAGAGCGUGUCGAUAUGGAGGUGAGCGUCGCUAAAGCUGAACUGGCAGAUCUCAAGCACAGCAAUCCUAGCCCUUACACUGAAGAACGAAUGGAGGAAAUAAAUGAGCGCCUUCGCUAUGUUCGCCAGGAAGCCCAGAGUCAAGAAAAGGACGCCCUGAACACCUUCGGCAACCACUUCUGGAAGAAUGACUGCGAAAUAUCCCCCCUCCGAGGAGCUCUGGCAACAUGGAAUCUCACCAUGAAUGACCUAGACGUCGUCUCCUUCCACGGCACAUCGACCGUACUCAACGAGAAGAAUGAAAUUGACAUGAUCAGUCGCCAGCUCCGACACUUAGGACGCACCCCCGGCAACCCUGUUCUGGGCAUCUUCCAGAAAUACCUCACCGGCCAUUCCAAGGGCGCCGCCGGUGCCUGGAUGCUCAAUGGUGGUCUCCAGGUCCUUCACACUGGCCUCGUUCCUGGUAACCGCAACGCAGACAAUAUCGACCCUGUGCUGGAGAAUGACUACAUCGUCUGCCCGAAUCGUAGCAUCCAGACCACUGGGAUCAAGGCGUUUUCAGCCACUUCGUUUGGAUUUGGACAGAAAGGUGCUCAGGCUCUGUGCGUCCACUCUAAGUAUCUCUUUGCCACGCUAGAGGAGGCUACCUACAAUGAUUACCGAGUACGGGUGGAGGCGCGGCAGCAGCGCGCACAGCAACAUUUCCGGUUCGGAAUUGCCCACAAUGCCAUCUUCUCGGCGAAAGACAAGCCGCCCUAUAGGGAAGACCAGGAGUAUCGUGUGUUACUGGAUCCUAAGGCACGAUUGAUGGCGGAUCCGAAUGGGAUUGGUGUAUGUUGA